AUGCCUCGGAAACGUGCCAAGCAAUCAGCACGUCUCGCACAGCGCAGUGCUCUGGGCUACGAUUUGCCGCCACAAGCCAAGAAGCGUGGCGAAUGGGGUGACACGCCGCGCCGAGCCAUCGAACUUCUUCGUGGUCCGCCGCCACCUUCAAAGAAGUUGCGCAUACGGAAAGACGAUCUCAAUGAGAAUGCACCUACCGCUGGAGCCAAGACACCCACCACAGGCAAAACACUAUCGAUACCCAUGGACAUGCACAUUCGGCACGGCGAGCGCCUUAAAGACUUCAAUGAGCGUGUAGAACAAGCUUUCGCCCACGACAUCAAUCAGACCAUGCGCUCGAACUUGCGCUCCGAAUCGAAUCGGAAGAAACGACAAAGACGCCGCGAGCUUUUCAAGGAAAAGAAACGCGCGCAGGACCCUAUCGCUGCUCAGAAGGCGGAGGAAGAUGAGCUUGAUUUCGCCCGUGCACCCUUGUCGCGGUCACUACAUGAUGUUGUUCAGGCUCCCCCCACACUUACGGCGCGGUCGAAGGAGCGGCGCAGAAAAACAGAGGACGCUGCUAUACAGCUUCCAGAGCGAGCCGAACCAUCUGCUGCUCGACAGCGCAUCUUGGACGAGGAGCGUGAACGUGUGAUCCAGCAGUACCGUGCACAGAAGCAUCGUUCAUAG